CGAUGGAGCGCGACGGGGUGGGGGGGGGCGCGCCCGGCUCGGGGGGGGGUCGCGCGGGGAACGCCCGCAACCCGAGCCGCGGCCGUGCGGCCCAGGCGCCCGGGGACCCGCAGGCGGCCGCGUCCCUGCUGGCCCCCAUGGACCUGGGGGAGGAGCCGCCGGAGAAGGCGGCGCGCGCCCCCGUGACCAAGGACCCCAACACCUACAAGGUGCUCUCGCUGGUAUUGUCAGUCUGUGUGUUAACAACAAUCCUUGGUUGUAUAUUUGGGUUGAAACCAAGCUGUGCCAAAGAAGUUAAAAGUUGCAAAGGUCGCUGUUUUGAGAGAACAUUUGGGAACUGUCGCUGUGAUGCUGCUUGCGUUGACCUUGGAAACUGUUGUUUAGAUUACCAGGAGACAUGUAUAGAACCAGAACGUAUAUGGACUUGCAGCAAGUUCAGGUGUGGUGAGAAGAGGUUGUCUAGAAGCCUUUGCUCCUGUUCGGAUGACUGCAGGGACAAGGACGACUGUUGCAUCAACUACAGCUCUGUGUGUCAAGGUGAGAAAAGUUGGGUAGAAGAAAAGUGUGAGAGCAUUAAUGAGCCACAGUGUCCAGCAGGGUUUGAAACUCCUCCUACCCUCCUGUUUUCUUUGGAUGGUUUCAGGGCAGAAUAUUUACACACCUGGGGUGGACUUCUUCCUGUUAUUAACAAACUGAAAACCUGUGGAACGUAUACUAAAAACAUGAGACCAGUAUAUCCAACAAAAACUUUCCCCAAUCACUACAGCAUUGUUACAGGACUUUAUCCAGAAUCCCAUGGCAUAAUUGACAAUAAAAUGUACGAUCCCAAAAUGAACGCUUUCUUUGCACUUUAUAGUAAAGAAAAAUUUAAUCCUGAGUGGUACAAAGGAGAACCAAUUUGGCUCACAGCUAACUAUCAAGGCCUGAAGACGGGCACAUUUUUUUGGCCAGGAUCAGAUGUGAAAAUUAAUGGAAUUUUCCCAGACAUCUAUAAAAAAUAUAAUAGUACAGUACCAUAUGAAGAAAGAAUUUUAGCUGUUCUUAAGUGGCUGCAGCUUCCUAAAGAUGAAAGACCACACUUUUACACUCUGUAUUUAGAAGAACCAGAUUCUUCAGGUCAUUCAUACGGACCAGUCAGCAGUGAAGUCAUCAGAGCUUUGCAGAGAGUUGACAACGUGGUCGGCAUGCUGAUGGAUGGUCUAAAAGAGCUGAAGUUGCAUCGAUGCCUGAACCUCAUCCUUGUUUCAGAUCAUGGCAUGGAACAAGACAAUUGUAAGAAAUAUGUAUACCUAAAUAAAUAUUUGGGAGAUGUUAAAGAUAUUAAAGUUAUAUAUGGACCUGCAGCUCGACUCAGACCCUCUGAUGUUCCAGAUAAAUACUAUUCAUUUGAUUAUGAAGGUGUUGCCAGAAAUCUCUCUUGCCGGGAACCAAACCAGCACUUCAAACCUUACCUGAAACAUUUCUUACCCAAGCGUUUGCACUUUGCCAAAAAUGACAGGAUUGAGCCCUUGGCUUUCUAUUUGGACCCUCAGUGGCAGCUUGCAUUGAAUCCUUCAGGAAAGAAACCUUGUGGAGGUGGAUUUCAUGGCUCUGACAACUUAGUUUCAAAUAUGCAAGCCCUCUUCAUUGGCUAUGGACCUGGAUUUAAGCACGGCACUAAAGUGGACUCCUUUGAAAAUAUCGAAGUCUAUAACUUAAUGUGCGAUUUACUGAAUUUGAGACCAGCUUCCAAUAAUGGAACUCAUGGAAGUCUUAACCACCUUCUAAAGAAUCCUGUUUAUACCCCAAAGCAUCCCAAAGAAGUCGGCUCCCUGGUACAGUGCCCCUUCACAAGAACCCCCAGAGAUAACCUUGGCUGCUCGUGUGAUCCCUCGAUUUUGCCAGCUGUGGAUUUUCAGACACUGUGGAAUCUGACCAUGGCAGAAGAGGAGAUUAUUAAGCGUGGCACUCUACCCUAUGGAAGGCCCAGAGUUCUCCAGAACAGCACCAUCUGUCUUCUCUACCAGCACCAGUUUGUGAGUGGUUACAGCGAGGACAUCCUGAUGCCCCUUUGGACGUCCUAUACUGUCAACAGAAAUGACCGCUUCUCUACAGAAGACUUUUCCGACUGUCUCUAUCAGGAUCUUCGAAUUUCUCUUAGUCCUGUCCAUAAAUGUUCAUUUUAUAAAAAUAACGCUCAACUGAGCUAUGGGUUCCUCGCCCCGCCACAACUAAAUAAAGGUUCCAGUAAAAUAUAUUCUGAAGCAUUGCUUACUACUAAUAUAGUGCCAAUGUACCAGAGUUUUCAAGUUAUAUGGCGCUACUUUCAUGACACUCUACUGCCAAGGUACGCCAAAGAAAGAAGUGGCGUCAAUGUUGUCAGCGGUCCCGUGUUUGACCAUGACUACGAUGGACGUUUUGAUUCCUGGGAGACUCUGAAGCAGAACAGCAGACUCAUCCAUAAUCAAGAAGUUCUGAUUCCAACUCACUUCUUUAUUGUGCUAACAAGUUGUAACAAUCCAUCGCGGGCUCUCCCACAGUGUGAAAAUUUAGAUGCCUCAGCUUUCAUUUUGCCUCACAGGACUGAUAACACUGAGAGCUGUGUGCACGGGAAGCAUGAAUCCUCAUGGGUUGAAGAGUUGUUGAGGUUACACAGAGCUCGGAUUACCGAUGUUGAACUCAUCACUGGACUCAGCUUCUAUCAAGAAAGAAAAGAGCCAGUUUCAGACAUUUUAAAGUUGAAAACACACUUGCCAAUUUUUAACCAAGAAGACUGAUUUUUUUAUUCCAGAAACACACCAUAAAUCUUUUCGAAAGAACCUUCUAUUUUAUACAGUCCUCUAUUCACAUUAUUGCAUUGUUUGGAAACUGUCAACCAGAGUUAGAACUGGGAAUCCUCUGUGAUACGACCAUCUCAGGGAAACUUGUGGCCUUAGCAUAGCAGUAGGGGAGUGUUCCUGUUGAGUCUCGCACAUGUUUGAAUGUGUAAGAGCUGUGAGCAUUGUUCAGGUUUGGGGAAUAAAGACAGACCAUACCAAAAACUGCUCUUCUACUUCUCUUAAGGGCAGAAGUAGCUGUGAACAUUGUCUGGACAACAGAUAAUUUGAAUCUUAUUAUCAUUAAUAAACUUUUAUGCAGCUGGCAAAUAAUAGACUAAUGAAUAGGAUUGGAAUAGUCCGUGUUACGUUAGUCUCUUCACAAGAAUUUAAAAGUGGUUCUGGACUCCUUUUAACUUGGAGUUUCAUUUCUUUCAGUUUUAAUCAAAAAAAUUAAUGGAAGCAAAAAUAUUUCUGGGGUCCUAUUUCUGUCUUUUCUGUACACCCCCUGAAAAGCCAAAAUAUGUAAUCCUGUGUUAAUUUUUUAUUGUGAUUGGGCCUUUCCAGAUUUAAUGGCUGUAACAAGUUAAACUUUGAGGGAAGAUCUGUGAAUUGAUCAUAUCUACCUGUUAUGAAAUUUCAUUCUACAUUUGUAGAAGAGAAGACAAAUAUUCCCCUCCUGCUCACUGGUAAUUAACAUAGGUUGAAAAUAGCUCUGAAAGUGGUUAUUUUAGACUGUUAAAAAUAUCUUGGUAAUACUUCAGAGAACUUGUCAACAUAUGCAAGGUGGCAUUUUUCAUCAAGAUGGUGGGAAUGUUUUCCUUUGUGCACAAAAAUGACCCCAUCAGCAGCAGAGCUAUACUGUGCUGAGCUAUUCAUUUUGAAGUUUCGUAGAUUUGAAGGGAACAUG